ACCAGAAUCUUCUCUGACUCAUUUUACAUUCUCUCAAUCACUUCAAUUCCCAAGAAAAAUGUCGGCAGAGGCAGAAAACAUUCCGACCAACGUUGUCUCGGGAGAUGCAGAAGCGGCGGUGACGGCUCCGGCAGCGAAGGGCGGUAAAGCGAAGAAGACGAAGGAAGUUAAACCUAAGAAGAAGCCUGCAGAGAAGGCUCCUAAGAAGAAAGCCUCUUCUCCUCCAUCUCACCCUAAAUACGAAGAGAUGAUUAAGGAUGCAAUCACAACGUUGAAGGAGAGAACUGGAUCUAGUCAAUAUGCGAUUCAGAAGUUCAUCGAGGAGAAGCAGAAGUCUCUUCCUCCUACUUUCAGGAAGCUUCUUCUUGUUAACCUCAAGAGACUCGUUGCUUCUGAGAAGUUGGUUAAGGUCAAAGGAUCUUUCAAACUCCCCUCUGCUAAAUCUGCCGCAGCAGCAGCUAAACCGGCGGCGUCUGCUCCGGUUAAGAAGAAACCAGCAACUGUAGCUAAACCUAAGGGUAAAGUUGCAGCUAAGGCUCCGGUUAAAGCCAAACCAGCAGCUAAAGUAGCCAAGAAACCUGCUGCAAAGCCAAAGGCUAAAGUCGCUGCAAAGCCUAAACCAAAGACAAAGACCGUAGCUGCUGUGUCCAAGACUAAAGCUGUUGCGGCUAAGCCUAAGGCGAAGGAGAGACCUGCUAAAGCGGCAAGGACUUCGAGUAGAACGUCUCCAGGUAAGAAGGCUGCUCCGGCUAAGAAAGCUGCGGCUGUGACGAAGAAGAAGGCUCCGGUUAAGGCUGUGAAGUCUCCGGCGAAAAGGGCUUCUACAAGGAAGGUGAAGAAGUGAAGGAGAUUCGGGUUUUAGGAUAUGGUGGUGGUUAGCUUCUUUAGGGUAGUCUUGUAUAAUCGAAUCAUCCUUGAAGGGGCUUUGCUUUCCAUUGUUUUUUUUUCUUUCUGGUUUCUUCUUGAAACCUUGUUCUUGUAAUUCUUUUUGGUUUGUCUGAAAUGAAGCCUUUUAAUCAAUAGCUAAAUGCGAUGGUGACUUCAUUCUAUAGCAGAGAUGUGGUUUUGUUAGGUGUAGUCUUCAUCUAU